UUAAGCGUGGAUCCCAGUUUCUGAUGCGACGUUUGUGUGAGACUUCCGGCGGAAGUAAACAACAAGGCGCUAGCAUCGUUAGCUUCCAGGUUUUCUUCUGUUUAUCGUCGGUUUUUGCUGUGUGAGCUGAAUAUUUCAGAGUCUGCAGUAACAACAUCUUCGGUUCAUCAUCUGAGAGAAUUGAUCAGAGAGCGACUAACUGCUGCUGCUGGAGAAAUAUUCAGAAACAUCGUUCAUUAGGAGGAAGAGAUCGAUCAUCAGCUCAGACUGCUGGAUAUCAGCUGGAAAACCCAGAUCAGAUCAGAACCUACAGAAAAUGUGGAAAGUGAACUUUUAGUCCUCCAGGCGACCAGAGAUGUUGGUGACAUUGGAUGAGUUAUUGAGUCCAGCACCACAGGUGACUACGGCCCUUUCACAGUAGGAAAGCAGUGUCUUUCAUGAAGCUGUCCCGCAUUCGAGUCCUCACCUACAACAUGUCUUCCAUCUCUCGCCACCCCACCUUCUCUUUGCCUACUUUGGAACAAUAACAAAAAUCUUGUAGAUCAGUUUUGAAUUGUUUAGUCUUCUACAGCAUCAUGUCUGUUACUACGUGGGAGGUUGUUGCUGAUCAUGUUCUUAUAACUGAAAACAAGAACCUCAUUGUUGAGCACCAGAUACCAAAAGCUGUAGAUAUAAAACAGGAACCAGAACCACAGCAGAUGACUGAGACAAAAGAGGAACCAGAGCCUCAACCAUUUAAAGAAGAAAAAGUUGAACUGUUCAUCUUUCAUGAUGAAGGACAGCUUUUAGUGAAGCAGGAGACCAACACCUCUAUGGUGACUCCUGCCUAUGAGGAAAUAUUCAACAACGGACCAGAACUGCAGCAGAUGAUGGAGAUAAAGGAGGAACCAGAUCCUGUACAGAUUAAAGACGAACAGGAGGAAUCAGAACCUGUAAAGAUUAAAGAGGAAAAGGAGGAUCUCUGCAGUAAUCAGGAUGAUGAUGAUCAGCUUGUAGUGAAGCAGGAGACUCAAAGAUUUAUUGUGACUCGUACUUAUGAGCAAAGAGACAACAGGGAACAAAAACCAAAUAAGAACCAUGUCCCCUUUGCAAACUGCCCUGGAACUGAGAACCAACAUCAGCAAGGAAGCAACCAGAGAGACUCAGGGUCAAGUAGAGAUAAAGACCUGGAGCCAGAGAAGAGACAUCAGGACACCAGAAACCACAGGGACAAUGAGGACAUGUCCAAACUAAAGAGGCAAAAAACUAAUUUGUCAUCCUGUGAAGUAUGUGGUAAAUGUUUCAAUAAGCGUAAGUACUUGACGGACCACAUGAGAACUCACACAGGGGAGAAGCCAUAUACUUGUAAAUUAUGUGGUAAAUCUUUCACUAACCAUAGUAAUAGAGCUAAACAUCUGAGAACUCACACAGAUGAGAAACCUCAUCCCUGCGAACUGUGUGAAAAAUCCUUCAGACAGCCUAAUGAGUUGGCUCGUCACUUUAGAACCCACACCGGCGAGAAGCCUUUCUUAUGUGUGACUUGUGGAAAAGAUUUCACCCAGCAGUCUAACUUGACGGUGCACAUGAGAUCUCAUACAGGUGAGAAGCCGUAUUCAUGUAACUUCUGUGGUAACACUUUCAGAUAUGGCGGUCAGUUGACUAUUCAUGUAAGAACUCACACAGGUGAGAAGCCUUUCUCAUGUCUAACAUGCGGAAGAGCUUUCGCCAAGCAGAGCGCCUUGACUGAGCACAUGAGAACGCAUACAGGCGAGAAGCCGUAUCCCUGUAAGUUGUGUGAGAAAUCUUUCAGAAAAAGUAGCGCUUUGACUUAUCAUAUGAGAACUCAUACGAGUGAGAGGCCAUGAACUGUGUGAUAAACUUUUUGUGGGGAGCAGCGAUUUUAGUGAAAAAGCGCUUCCUUGUAAAAUGUGUGGUAAACCCUUUAGUAUUAAUAGUACAUUAAAUUAUCGGAGGAGAACUCUCAGAAAGAUAAAAGCUGAAUCAUUGUGAGGUCUUUGAGCCACAGUGCCAUCUAUAUGUUGAAUUUUGAUGUUCACACAAAGAUGUCCGAUUUAGCACUUUGAGGCGGAUGGUGAAAGUGCUAAUCCCUGCCAUAUAUGGCAAAGAGAAUUUGGAAAUUUGUUCAUUAGAUCUACCAAAGCAACGUUUCAUUCCUGAAACCUUAUAAAUAAUUUUCCUGGGUUUUGUGAGAACACUAAAGGAUGUUGUCAGUAUACAUAAACAGAAAUAGUAUCUGUCACAUCUCCUGAUGCCACCCUUUGUCUUAAGUGCAAAUUGUGGUUUUAGAUCAAUGUUUCAUAGGUUUACCGGUACACCUCAAAAAAUUAAAAUAUCUUGGAAAAAAUUCAAUAUAUUUUGGCCCUCAUUUCAGAAAGUGAACCUCAUAUUUUAUAUAAGAUCAUUACACAUAGAGUGAAAUAUUUCAAGCCUGUAUUUCUUGUAAUUAUGAGUCUUGCUUACAGAGAAUGAAAACCCAAAAAUCUGUGUACAUCAGAUUAAUAAAAAGGAUAUUCUGCACAGACA